AUGCAGCUGCGCAAGCGCAAGCUUACGGACAUCGCCGCUCAGGCGACCGCGGGCAGCGGCGCCGGUGACGGGGUCGCAGACGACGACCCCCCUACGCCGCCGCAGCCUGCUGCAGCCUCUGGCCUGCGCGCCACACCGCGCCACGUCGCGGCGCCCAUCCCCAUCAGCUUCGCAGCGGCCGCUGCGGCUGCGGAUGGCCUCGCGCUCGCCGCGGCGGCCGCGCCCGUGGCGCUGUCAACCCCGGACGAGCUCCGGCAUGCGGUGGCGCACCUGCGUGCCGCCGACCCCGUUCUGGCCAGGCUAAUUGAUGCGCAGGGCGACGCGCUGCCGGAACGCCUGUUGCUCAAAAAUGGGGACUGCUUCCACGCACUGGCACGCAGCAUCGUGUACCAGCAGCUGUCCACCAAGGCGGCCAGCACCAUCAUGGGCCGCGUGCUGGCAGCCUGCGGCUGCGCCGGUGGCGUCGCCCUGACACCAGCGGCCUUGAGGCGCGCCGACGAAGCCUCCCUGCGCGCCGCGGGCCUGUCCGCUCGCAAGGCCUCCUACCUGCAGAGCCUGGCCGUGCACCAUGACGCUGGCACGGUCACCGCCGCGGCCGUCACCGCCCUAGCCGAUGACGCCGCGAUCACCGCCCUGACCCAGGUCAAGGGGAUCGGGGUGUGGACCGCCCACAUGUUCCUCAUGUUCCAGCUGGGCCGCCCUGACGUGCUGCCCGUGGGCGACCUCGGGGUGCGCCAGGGCAUGCGCGCUGCGUACGGGCUCAAGGCGCCACCAGGGCCGGAGGAGAUGGAGGCAGUUGCGGAGCGGUGGCGGCCGUACCGCAGCGUGGGGGCAUGGUACAUGUGGCGGGCGCUGGAGGGUGCGCAAGUCAUGAAUAAGGGCAACGGCAGCAGCACCAAAAGGAUUAAGCAGAGCAAGGCGUAA